CGAAGAUCAUUCACGAAUUUAUAAAACGGUAACGUAUGAUAUUCUACUGACGGCUAUGAUACACAUCCUCAUAGCAAGAAGAGUGUCGACCAUCAAGCCGUAUCCUCAACCACCCAGCUGCACAUGUGAGGCUAUCUUCGCCCCCGUGUGCGGCUCCGACGCCAUCACCUACUCCAACGAGUGCGUUCUCAACUGUGUCAGCCAGGACUACAUGGCCAGAGGCAUCCCUCCUAUCACCGUCAGCAAAAUCGGCGAAUGUCCAAAGUACGAAUGCCGAUGCACGGCUGAACUUCGCCCCAUCUGCGGCACCGACGCCCACACAUACUCCAAUGACUGCUAUUUAACCUGCACCAACACGCGACGAUUGUCAUUAGGUUUACUCCCCAUUGGAAUCGCCUAUAAUGGCCGCUGUAAGAACACCUGGACCUGCUCCAGCGAAAUCAUUCCCGUCUGCGGCACCGACAUGAGGACUUACAGAAACAUCUGCAUCCUUCAGUUUGCCAGCCAACAGAGUCAAAGGCAAGGUCGCGCCCCGAUCUAUCUCAAGUCGUGGGGCGAAUGUCCUUGGGAGGCUUGUAUCUGCCCUUUAACUCUGGAUCCCAUCUGCGUUGACGACGGAAAAGAAUACAGUAAUUAUUGUGUUUUUGAAUGUGAAAGAAAUAGGAGAGAGCAGCUCGGUGAAAAACCUUUGUUAAUCGUCAAUAAAGGCCCAUGCAAAGUGGAUUGUGUCUGCACCGCCAUAUUUGACCCCUCGUGCGCUAGUAACGGUAAAACUUACGGCAAUCCUUGUUUAUUGGGAUGUGAGAACAAGAGACGUCAAAAGCAAGGCUUAUCAGUCCUGAAGAAAGUCGGUAACGGAGAAUGCGGAUGUUUCUGCUCGCAGGCGUACGACCCAGUGUGUGGUAGCGAUGGUAAAACAUACGGGAAUACAUGUGAACUAAAUUGUGAGAAUAAAACCCGUCAGCUUCAAGGCCUUCUGCCAGUAAAGAUCGUAAACAAAGGGGAAUGUGAGAUCUGCUUCUGUCCUCUUUAUGUAGACCGGGUGUGUGGAAGCGAUGGCCAGACUUACAGCAAUCCUUGUUUCUUGAGUUGCGAGAAUAAACGGCGCGAACGACUCGAUCUGAUGCCGUUGACGUAUAAUAAAGGAGAAUGUCCCUGUCAGUGUACCUACCUCUAUGACCCCGUGUGCGCAAGUGACGGGAAAAGUUACACGAAUCCGUGCCUGGUGGACUGCGAGAACAGAAAGAAUCAGCAGCAAGGUAAAGAACUCUUGAAAAUAGUAUAUAAGGGAGAAUGCGGUUGUACUUGUCCAAAGAACUAUGAUCCUGUUUGUGGUAGCGACGGGAAGACCUAUGGGAACCAGUGUGUGCUGGGUUGUGAGGAUAAAAGAAGGUUAGGGCAAGGUCUGAGUCCGCUGUCGGUGCUGAACAAGGGUCCGUGUGCGUGUAGAUGCAUGUGUCCAAACAUCGACAUGCCGGUGUGCGGCACCGACCGCAGGACCUACAGGAACGUCUGCUGGCUCACUUGCACCACCAACUGCUACCGGCAGAAAGGCUUACCGCCCAUAUUCAUUGCUAAAAACGGCGUCUGUUAGAAAAACUCCACAGAAAAUCCAAAGUUCAGAAUGGAAUGCAACCACCGUGCUCUAAUAAUGUCAGACAGCCUAAAACAUUUCACUGCUUCUUUUUUGUAGAAACAAUUAAUUUGUAAACGUUUUCCUCGUGGCGAGACAUAUCUAUCUCUUUCCUUCUGCUAAUAAAAUCAAUGGACAUAACGAAUUCGAAAGGUUUUUUUAUGUUACCCGUCGCAAAAAAGUUGCUUACAUUUUGGGAACUGUCACAGAUAGAAAAAUACAA